GGACUUUAGUCUUUAUGGCAGGUUUUGUUGCGGACGUUAUCUCUAUCUUUCGCUCAGCCUUUAGCUCUCGCCACAUCAGUUUCUAAUUUUGUCCUUGGAGUCUAUCGAAGAUGUCUGCCACGCUGAAGCCAUACCUCAAUGCCGUCCGUGCGACGCUCACAGCUACGAUGUGCUUAGAGAAUUUCUCCUCCCAGAUCGUGGAAAGACACAACAAACCCGAAGUAGAGGUACGCAGCAGUAAAGAACUUCUGUUGACACCUGUAAUUGUGAGCCGUAAUGAGAAGGAGAAGGUUCUGGUUGAGGGAUCUGUCAACUCCAUGCGUGUUAGUAUUUCUAUCAAGCAGGCUGAUGAGAUCGAGAAGAUCCUGUGCCACAAGUUCAUGCGCUUCAUGAUGAUGCGCGCCGACAAUUUCUUCAUUCUGAGGAGAAAGCCUGUGGAGGGAUAUGAUAUUAGCUUUUUGAUCACCAACUUCCACACUGAGCAGAUGUACAAGCACAAGUUGGUGGAUUUCGUCAUUCAGUUUAUGGAGGACAUUGACAAGGAGAUCAGUGAGAUGAAGCUGACAGUGAACGCCAGGGCUCGUAUCUGUGCUGAGGAGUACCUCAAGAAUUUCUAAAUUUGACUUGAAUUACGCACCAGCUGAGUGUCAGAGACAGGACUAUGGCGGAACCGGUAUGAAUGUAGCUGGUACGUCCAUGGAGGUCACUGAUGAUGUUUUUCACUGCACGAGAGGCAUCUGUGAGGUCUACUGAAAGUAAGCCAGUUUAUAUUUCGGGCACAUUGACUGCUCAUACUCAGGCAUUUGAAUUUUGAUUCUUUCAAUUGAUUGCCAUAAUUGUAUGGCCAUGUUCAAGAAUCUUCUGGUUUUUGCACAUUUUUACCCCUGAAAGUUUCAAGAUAGUGUACAAUGAAGGAGAUGUUGUGCUGUCCAUUAAACGCCAUUCCCAUUUUGCUGCUACCCAUAGCCAGUUUGGAACGCAAUCUGCCUACUUUUAAAGGUUA